AUGGUGAAAGCGACCCAAGAGUUUGCAUUGGCGGUGGUCUUCAUCGUCGCGUUCUUGGCAGGCCCGGUUCUCGGAGCGGCGACGGUGCCGAACGGCAAGCCGUGCUACCUGACGUCAGCAUACAAGCCUGUCAAGCCGUGCGCUGGAGGCGUUGCCACAUGCGUUGUGAACAAGAUCCCUGCGCGCGGCGCCAGCGAUACUCGCAUCUCAGGAAUCUGCAACAGCACCUACUUCAAUGGUCCCUACUGCGCGUUCGCGUCGCAACCUUACGCCGUGGGCACGAGCAACAUCCCCGGGAACCCCAAUUGCCCUCGCUGCACCUGCACGCUGCAGCGAGGCGGCAGCGCGACGACUACCAAUGCCGCAUUCGUUCGCGCGGCUUCGUCGCCGAAGCGUAAGGCUUCGACGGCGACCGCCACCUGCGUGUGCGACAGCGGUGCCACCACCAGCGGCAUCGGCGGUGGCGGAACCCCCUGCAAGAUUGGCCUGAAUGGGCUGCUUGCUGCAGGCUCGACUUGCCCGAUGACCCAGUCCUCGUGCUUCAUUAACAAGGUGGGAGCCAACGGGGCGGACUCUGGAGUGUGCACUGCGCCUCAGACAAUUUCCCCCAUGGCGUGCAAUUCGGCGGGAGAGACGUGGGGCAUGCGCUACUACGCGGUGGGCACCACCGACAUUCCCGAGCCGGGCAACUGGUGCUCGCGCUGCCGUUGCGGUCCCUCCGGUCUCACGGACUGCAAGCGCAAGUCGCCGUGCACACCCCCCAACUCAGGAGCGUCCUCCCCCGGCGCGUCCUCUCCUCCCUUCCCUUCCUCGGGGCCCGAUCAGUUCCUGAUUCUUCAAUAUGACGAGCAACACAAAUCUCCCUGCGACCUAAGUCGCUCCAAGCUGCCUCUUCAAGCCCCUCAGCACUCCGCUCUCCUCGCGCGCCUGCUGCGCACAGCAGCCCUGCCAGGCGGGGCACGGCAGGCUGUGCGAGUGCUCUUCUACACCUGGCUCCUGUCAAUACAGCUGGGCGCCAUUCCACAGGGCUGGGCGCUGCAGCUGGUGGAGGAGUUGGACGACCUCUAUGGCACUCUCGGGCCCAUCCACGUGGCAGCAGUUCAGUGGGUGGCGCCGGUCCUGCCGCGCCGCGUGAUACAGCUGGCGGAGCGGUUCACUGACAUGCUGGAAGAUGCCGUGUUCCCCCAUGGAUACGAUGAUAACGAUGACCACCGCAUUCGCAUGAUGCUGCCCGCAGUACCUCCCACAACCGCCUUCACAAACAGAUACCACCUCCCCCUGGCAUACCAGCACCAGCAGCACUUCGAAAACCCGCUCCAGUUACCACCUGCCCUUGGCGCCACUGCUCCUGAGCAGAUGCAACCUCCCCUGCUGCUGCUGCCAGCAGUACCACCACCCACAGCAGAAGCAGCAACUGCAGGCACUGGGGGGAUGUUGACUGGUCAAGGGAUAGGAGGAGUGAGAGAGAUGCUAGAAACACGAAUGGCUGCAACAACAGCAGGAGGUGCAGGGGUGGAGGCCGGGGCAGCUGGGGUGGAGGGAAGAGGGGGAGGGAUGGUGAGAGCUGGGCAUGUUCCUGCUGCUCCUCCUCCUGCUCCUGCUCCUCCUGCGCCUCCCUCCCCUUCUCCUGCUCCUGCUCCUGAUACUGCUCCUCCUCCUCCUCCUCCUCCUCCUCCUCCUCCUCCUCCUCCUCCUCCUCCUCCUCCUCCUCCUCCUCCUCCUCCUCCUCCUCCUCCUCCUCCUCCUCCUCCUCCUGCUGCUGCUGCUGCUGCUCUGGCUGCUGCUGCUGCAACUGUUGCCAGUCCGCUAAGGGAAAUCAACAGCCCAGGGGCGUUCAGGCCUCGGGCUAAGGUGACCUAUUCAGAGGAAGAAGAGAGCGCGUUCACUUUCAGUGGGGUGUCAGGGAUUAGUGAGUCUGACAGUAGCGAGGAUGAUGGUGGUGGGGUGGAUGGGAAUGGUGAGUUGGGGCAAGAGGUAGGGGGAGGGGUGGGAGGAGGGAUGGGAGGAGGGGGAGUUGGGAUGGGAGAGGGGAUGCAAGGAAUGGGAGGAGGAAUGGGCAUGAGAGGGCAAGGAGAGAAGCAGGAAGAGAGGCGUGGGGAAGAACAGGGGCUCAGGCAAGGGCUGGGGAUAUCCCUGCUACUGGCUUUCAAGUUGCCGCUGGUGGUCGUGGUGGUGCUGCUGAUAGGCUGA